UAAAAGAAGUUUCGCAGGAGACUUUUAUAAAUACCAUAAUGACUUGAAAUGAAUGAUUCAUCAACCAACUAUUCUAGUUACCAACGUUCCAAUUGCAUUCUUCUCUCCCAUGGCCGAAUCACUUCUUUUUAGCUACGGAGAAUCGAUCUUAGGGAGGCUUGCCAAUGCUGCCAUUGAAGAAGCUUCCCUGGCUCUUGGUGUGCAUAGUGAGCUACAACAGAUGAAAGAAACUAUGACACUUAUCAGAAGUGUGCUCUUAGAUGCUCAACAAAAGACUCCGCAUAGCAGUGCAUUGAUCGAAUGGCUAAGACAGGUCAAUUGUGUGUUUUGUGAUGCAGAGGACAUAAUUGAUGAUUUUGAGCGCGAAUCGUUGCAGAAGAAUGUUGUCAACACCUCUGGUAGCUUCUCAAGUAAGGUACGACGUUUCUUCUCAUCAAGUAAUCCUGUUGUUUAUCGUCUUAGAAUGACGCAUCGCAUUCAAGACAUCAACACCAGGUUAGCCAAAUUUGCAGCUGAUAGAAACAUGUUUGCCCUUCAAAUCAUUGACCAUGAUACAUGUGUUGUGCACGUGAGGGAAAUGACUCAUUCUUAUGUAAACCCUUCCAAUGUUAUAGGAAGGGAACAUGAUAAGAAUGAGAUAGUAAACCUUUUGGUGGAAGAUGGUGAUCGCGAAAGCCUUUCUGUUAUUCCCAUUGUGGGAAUAGAAGGUUUGGGAAAAACCACGCUUGCUAAGUUGAUUUUCAAUGACUCCAACAUUAAUGCAUUUUUUCUGUUGAAGGUGUGGGUUUGUGUCUCUGAUGAUUUUGAACUUAAAAAUGUGCUUGUCAAAAUUCUUAAUUCUAUUCCAAACCCAACCAGAGAAAACUUCAAUGACUUUGAGAUAGAGCAACUUCAAAAUCAUUUGAGAAAUACACUUAAAGGUAAGAAGUUCUUGAUUGUGUUGGAUGACGUGUGGAACGAGGAAUAUGAAAAAUGGGAUGAGUUGAAGGAAAUAAUAGACGUGGGUGUUCAAGGGAGUAAAAUCCUAGUGACUACUCGAAGCCAUGCAGUAGCUGCCAUGAUGUGCACUAAAUCCUCAAAUUCAUACCUUCUUGAAUGUCUCUCUGAAGAGAAUUCUCUUUCUCUAUUUGUGAAAUAUGCUUUUGAAGAUGGAGAGGAGAAAAACCAUCCGGAACUAUUGGAGAUUGGGAAAGAAAUCGUAGAAAAAUGUGCAAGGUUACCAUUGGCACUAAAAACGGUAGGAAGUUCGUUGUUUUCGAGGGUUGAUAAGAAAGAAUGGGAGUCUAUAAGAGACAAUGAGAUUUGGUGUUCAAAAUAAAGUAAAAUGAAAAUGGCUUUUUGCAUGUUCUCAAAAUGAGUUAUGAUAAGCUGACUUUAUAUUUAUAAUCAUAUUUUUCUUCUUUCUCCUUGUCGUCAUAUUUCUACCCUAUGGGGAGCACUUGAUU